ACUGGAUUUACGAAGGAAAGAAUAAAAGGUAGCAUUUGUAUACUCCACUCUGUCCGUAUAUUUAUUUCCAGUUCUGUAGCAUUUAUCUCCGUUUGGCCAGAACCGACGAUCAUCUUUUUUUUCAUCUACGCUUAGGUAACUGUUUCCGUUGGGAGGCGAUGCCGUUAGAUCCAGGCACGCGAUGAUCGUUUUUUGAUCAUUAGAAAUAAGGAAGGCUUCGAUGAACCGUGAUCUCAUCUGUUCAUGUUCGGAUAGGAAGAAAACCCGAGAACAACACUACGCGGCCGCCGAUUCGAACAGUUCGACGCCUGCGAAGAGUUUCGUGGCCUGUAGAGUUUGCGGUGACAAAGCGAGCGGUUAUCAUUACGGCGUGACCAGCUGUGAGGGUUGCAAAGGUUUCUUUAGGCGAAGCAUUCAGAAACAGAUAGAGUACAGGUGUCUGAAAGACGGUAACUGUCUGGUCAUCAGAAUAAGUCGGAAUCGCUGCCAAUACUGCAGAUUCAAGAAGUGCCUAGCUGUCGGCAUGUCUAGGGAUUCCGUGAGGUACGGCAGGGUGCCGAAACGUUCGAGAGAACGUGGACCCGAGGACGCAGUACCGACCACGACUACAACGACGACCACCACCGGUAGUGGUGUGCAGCAGCUAACGUCCUCCGCUGGUGGCAACAAUAACAAUAAUAAUACGAACAACAAUAACAACAACACCAGCAGCCAGAACAAUAACAACAGCCAGCCGCAGAACGCUGUACCGUGCGUGCCACCGGCCGCAGUAGUCGAAGCCGAUCAGUCAGACACCGACGUGAGGCAGCUGGCCAUGUCCGACGUGAUACUUCAAGUUUCGCAGGCGCAUUACGCUCACUGCGGCUUCACCGAGGAAUCGACGAGGGGCAUCGUACGGAAACCGAUGAUAAUACCGGCGAGUACUUCUUCGCAGCCGGCCAGUCCUGAAGACCCAGAGGCGGCAUCCUCGACAGCGGAGACCGUCGAGUCGCAGAGGAUUUGGCUCUGGCAACAGUUCGCCACCAGAAUAACACCGUCCGUGCAAAGGGUGGUCGAGUUUGCCAAAAGGGUGCCGGGAUUUUGCGAUCUUUCGCAGGACGAUCAGCUAAUCCUGAUUAAGGUCGGUUUCUUUGAGGUCUGGCUAAGCCAUAUCUCGAAGAUGACCACCGACAGCUCGAUGACAUUUGAAGACGGUACUUAUAUCACUAGGCAGCAAAUGGAAUUGAUGUACGAGCCAGACUUCGUGUCCGCUCUGAUGCAAUUCUCCUCGGCCUUAAACGGCCAUCAACUGACGGACGCUGAGUUGGGUCUUUUCUCCGGCGCCGUCCUCCUGAGCGAGAGACCGGGUCUGAACGACGUGAAGGCAGUGCAGAGGCUUCAGGAUCGCCUUUUGGAUGCACUCAAAGUGCAAAUAUUACGAAAUCACACGGUUUCCGGCGAACCUACUUCCGCAGGCAGCUGUUCCAGCGUCUCAAGUGUCUCGCAAAGGAUACCGGAAUUAAGAGCCCUGGGUGCCAGACACGCGAAUCUCCUCGACUGGUUCAAAAGGAACUGGACGAAGCUCAAGUUGCCGCCCCUCUUCGCCGAGAUAUUCGACAUUCCCAAGUGCGAGGAAGAUCUUCAGUGAAGAGAGUAGAUCGAUUUAUUUCGAUGAGAACAAACGGCCCUGUCGGGAAGAAUCUUUCUAAUUGCCAGCGGUCAUCGCACAAAUAUAGCUCGGGCGACCCGAGAACGAUUUGUUUUCGCUCGCUAGCGAUGAUGCACAGCGUCGCAACGACGAGACGGAGCUCGGUUCGAUCGAAACGGACGCGCGGAGGAUUGAUGCGAGCCAUGCGAAGCGUCGUACACGGGUAUAUCUCGUCGUCAUCACCGUUGGAUCUACGAUGCACUGUUCGCUUCAUUGACGUACGGGGCGGAAGAUGGAUCGUUUCUAAACGAAGGGUACAGAUUGCUGUUCGAAUCGCACCUGGCACGAGACGUACGAGGAGGGUAGAGAUAUUAUUCGAUUAACAAGGAUAGGUGAUCAUGCAACGCGGAUAAUCGACGAUUGAACCGAUCGAUACCUAAUAACGUAUUGUGCGAAGCACAAACGGACAACUUUAAAAAAAUAAUUAGAUUUUUAAAAGACGAGAUACUCUUCUUUCCUUCGAGGUAAUCUAUAGAAACGAAAUUAUCAUCGAUCGUUCCCAACGUCGCGAGAGCGAAGGGUGGGGGUUCGAAACGGGUCGGUGAUGAUUUUUAUCUGCUGCGCGCUUAAUCAAAAAGCGGAGCGUUACUUAAAAUACUCAAAACGUCGAGGAGGAGGAGGCGAAACUAAAUCUCGUGCGCGUCGCGUUGUUAGUCCCGUGCAUAUCGUUGACUGCAAUAACCGCGGCGCAGUGGUCGAGCAUGCGCCGCGACGAAAAGAUAGCACAAAAGUCGUGAUCAAUUUACAGACGUAUUUAUUAUUACGAUUCUCGAGCGAAAGUUUCGAAGUAUCCACUAGACGAGGAUCGUCUGUAGCAUUUAAAGAGAGACGAGCGCGACGACGACGACGACGACCCACCGACGACGUCUGGUGGGAUCCCGUGGAUUUCCCUGCGCAGUACGCGGCUCGCUCGAACUCGUAGACAUAUCGAAAACCGUAAUAUCGUAUUUUUUUCAUGCGAUCAGCCAGUGUAACAAACUGUCCAUCCUCAUACUGUGAAGACUGGGUGAACCGGCGGACGGUCGCGCCCACUACGAAACGAAUAAGCGCGGCGGCGAGGCGCAUAGGGACGAUGAGUCCCGGUGGCCGGUCGCAGGUCGCGAACGACACUUAUACACUUAUACAAAAUAAAAGUUAAAAAAAUGGUUACACGCUAUAAAUAUGAAAAGCUCAAGAGAGGGGGAAUAUUUAUAGGACGUACGUGUCUCUCUAGAUGCAUCCGCUACAAAUCUCAAUCUAUGCAAUCUCUAUUUUUAUUACUUGACAAAUAGUAUAGUAAAUUACCGUUAUAGGUAUUGUUGCGUCGCUUCAGGGUGCGUUUCCCGCGGAAGGAUCUCGAACGAGGAUGUUCUUUCGUUGUCAACUUUUUUUAAUUCUCGGUACGAAGUUUCCGAACGAACAAAGUUAAAGGAUAGAAAUGGGUAGGGGAGGGGGGAGGAGGAGGAGGUGUUAUGUACUCGUGAUCGUUGCGUUAAAAGGGAAGGGGGACGUAUAAUUUGUUAUCGGACGAAAAUCGUUUUUCGAUUGUUGACAAGAUCCUGAAGUGAGCAUGUUUAAAUCUUCGAACUCUUGAACACUAAUAACUCUCUGACAAUGACUAGGAUGUAAUGUGUAUCGAUAUGUAAUUUAAUAUACAUAUGAAUACGUACGGGACUGUAUACAGUGGUGGGGGAAGGGGCAUUUUUAAAGUUACAGAGGGCACUAUAAUUUAUGAAGAGGAAACUAUAUUUUAUAAUAGCGAUCAAUGUAAAUGACGAGAGAUAAUUAUAUGUAUAAAGGCGACGAAAGAUAUAUAUUAUAUUUAACGGAAGCAACAAGAUGAAAAACUUAACCAGCCGUAAAUACGUUUGAUUAAAUUCUUUAUCGAUAUAUUUAUAUUCCGCCCUUUCUUAAGUUACUACCAUAAAUUAACUCAUCGUGAUAUACCAUAAUUUCUCGAUUCCCCUGUAAGACGUUUGAGACAAUUCCUGUUAAUGUUUUUUAGUAGUAACUUUUCUAUAAUUUGUUUACAAUUUCUACGUUAGUUUUACUCGAGUGAAUAAAGGAACGUGGGACAAAAUGAAUGAACAUCUACAUAUCAAAGAGCGAGGAAAUUUUAAAAGCCGGUCAUAGCAAUGAUAAAAUGUAGCAUUAAAAUGACGAUUAGAAAAUGGUGUACGAGGAUAUCGAUUCAGAACUUUUUCUCACCACUGUAUACACGAUAUAUUCACGGUGAGAAACGGAGACGAUGUAAGUUUAUCUAUUAGAGAAAUUAAUGUUUUAUCUAAAUAUAUAGCGUCGUACUUAAAUUAAAUAUAAUAUAACGUCGGUAUAUCGCUGUCGCUAAAAACAAAAAAAAACCGAAGAAAAUAUGGAAAAAGACUAUCUUCAUGAUAUUAGCAGGAAGGAAGGAUUCCAAUUAAGCGCUCACAUCAAGUUGUGAAUAAACAUAUCAUACCUAAUUAAUAUAUUGAUCAAAGAAGGAAUAUCAUCGUUUAAUAAUAAUAUAAAUAUGAAUCUAUAUAUAUUAUAUAUAUAUUAAAAGAAUAUAUAUAAAGAUUAUAUAAAUCUAUAUGCAAGAGGAAUAGUUAUUAAACUCAUUAUGUUGAGCGUAGAUCUACGGUGGUGUAGGCCAUCUCUUAACUUGCUGAUGCAAAGAAAGGGACAUCCUUUUUCUAAUUCCUCUAAAAGAAUCACAGUAAUUAACAACCGAGUUCUCCGGAUCUAUUACAAUCUACCAAAAAAAAAAACAGAUCUGCGCCAGAAAGUGAAAUAACAAAACAGUAAAUACUACGGGUGUGCAUUCAAAAAUUCGGCUUGGGAAUUUUUUACGGAUUUGUGCAAGAUCCCAAAUGUUUGUCGAAUACAUAAAUUUAUUUGAACUCGACUUGAUAUCAAACAU